AUGGCGAAGGAUACAAUCACCCACCUGGAAUCGUCUAGUGAUGACAACAGUGGUGCGGAAAAGGGCCACGUCGAGCAAGUAAACCUACAAAACAACGUCUCUGCCAAGAUCAAAAACCCACUUGCGGAAUUGAGCCAGUCCCAAGUGCUCCGCGACGUGGAAGAGUUUGCUCAGGAGUACAAUGUUACCGAUAUCCUACCGGAACUGAAGAAGGGAGCGCUUGUUGCGCGUGACCCUACCGAGUUCGAAUCCGUUCCUGACCUUACUGAACGAGAGGUCACUGCUCUGCGCGACGAAGUUCUCCACAAAUGGCGCCAGCCCAAGGCGCUCUACUUUACCAUCAUCCUUUGCUCGAUUGGUGCGGCAGUUCAAGGAUGGGAUCAGACUGGUUCCAACGGUGCUAACCUGUCUUUCCCUGACGCCUUUGGUAUCCCCGAGUCCGCGAGCGAGAGAAACCAGUGGCUCGUCGGUAUCGUUAAUGCUGCUCCGUACAUUGCAAGUGCCGCCUUUGGAUGCUGGCUCUCGGAUCCCAUGAACCGGGUCCUGGGCCGACGUGGUACAAUCUUCAUCGCUGCCAUCUUCUGUGUGCUUUCCCCCAUCGGCUCCGCCUUCACCCAGAACUGGCCCCAGCUGUUCAUCACUCGUCUGCUCCUCGGAAUUGGAAUGGGUCUGAAAGCCUCCACAAUCCCUAUCUUCUGUGCUGAGAAUACCCCGGCCCCCAUUCGUGGCGGUCUGGUCAUGUGUUGGCAGCUGUGGACGGCCUUUGGAAUCUUCCUCGGCUUCAGCGCCAACUUGGCUGUCAUGAACACCGGUGCCCUGUCCUGGCGUCUACAACUUGGAUCUGCCUUUAUCCCUGCCGUGCCUCUUCUGUGUGGUGUCUACUUCUGCCCCGAGUCUCCUCGUUGGUACAUUCGACGGGGCGAGAUGGCCAAGGCUUUCAAGUCUCUUUGCCGUCUCCGCAACACGCCCCUUCAAGCUGCUCGGGAUCUUUACUACAUCCAUGCUCAGAUCAAAAUUGAGCAGAGUAUCAUUGGAGAAAGCAACUACGUUACUCGUUUCGUCGAGUUGUUUACUAUUCCUCGUGUCCGCCGCGCUACCCUUGCCUCGUUCACAGUGAUGAUUGCUCAGCAAAUGUGUGGAAUCAACAUUAUUGCUUUCUAUUCCAGCACUGUCUUCCAACAAGCCGGCGCCAGCACCACCAGCGCAUUGUUUGCAUCGUGGGGAUUCGGUCUGGUGAACUUCCUCUUCGCCUUCCCAGCAGUCUGGACUAUUGAUACCUAUGGCCGCCGAGCUUUGCUUCUGUUCACUUUCCCCCAGAUGGCUUGGACCCUACUCGCAGCCGGAUUCUGCUUCUGGGUCCCAGGGGACGGAGGUGCCCACUUGGGCACCAUUGCGCUCUUCAUCUUCCUGUUCGCCGCUUUCUACUCGCCGGGUGAAGGUCCCGUGCCUUUCACCUACUCUGCCGAAGUCUUCCCACUUUCUCACCGCGAGGUUGGUAUGUCGUGGGCCGUGGCAACCUGCUUAGGAUGGGCCGCAGUGCUUUCCAUCACCUUCCCGCGCAUGCUCUACGCCAUGACCCCCACCGGAGCAUUUGGCUUCUACGCGGCUUUGAACGUGACUGCGUUGGUCAUGAUCUUCCUGUUUGUCCCCGAGACCAAGCAGCGCACCCUCGAAGAGCUCGACUACAUCUUCGCUGUCCCCACGCGGGUUCACAUGCACUACCAGGUCUUCAAGGCCCUUCCGUGGUGGGUUAACCGGUACAUCUUCCGCAGAAAGGUGGAGCUGGAGCCUCUGUACAAGUUCGAUCAGUUUGCUACAGGCGACGCGGCUGAACGCGUCCCGAGUGUAGUCUCUGAGACCGUCAAGGCGUAA